GGCCGGGGGGGGGGCGGAGGGGCCCCGCGUGAUGGGAGACGGAGAGGGAGGAGGAGAAGCCCGGGACUCAUGGGCAGGGAACACCCGCGAGAGUUCGCUGCUGAAGGCAGCAGCGAGGUAGAAGCUGGAGGCACCGACGUGGAAGAUGGUGGCGACGGGUACGGCUACGGUCACGGGCUGUCGGUGUCACGCCUGGCGUCUCGGCCCUCGUCCUCCUCCUCGACAAAGAAGAAGAAGAAGAAGAAGAAGACCGUUCCGCGUACCGGUCCGGACGUAACCGCCGUCUCCUCCUCCUCCUCCUCCUCCUCCGAGCUUCGCCACUCUGCUCCCGCCGGUGGGGCCACCGCCAGCGUCCACGGCACCCACGCCGGGGGUGUUGCAGCAGGGGGUGUCGGUGGCCGUGUCGGAUAUCGAAGUGGUCGAAGUCGUGAGGGCGACCGCCACCGCGCUUGGCCGCCGUCUGCCGCCGCUGCUGUUGGUUCCCCGGUCGUCGCCGCCCGCGACCGCUCUCUCGGUGGCGGCGGCCUUGACCGUACCGGCGGCGGUGAAGUCAGGAGCGCCGACCGCAGGGUUUCAUCUCCGAGGAGGCUGGCCGCGAGGCUCGGGGGUAGCGGUGGCUGUGGAACCAGGAGCACCGACCGUAGGGGUUCAUCUCCGCGGAACGCUGACCGUAGGGGUUCGUUCGCAAGGAGGCUUGCCGCAAGGCUCGGGGCUGAUGUUGGCGGCGAUGGCGGCGGUGUAACCAGGAGCGCCGAUCGCAGGGUUUCGUCGCCAAGGAGGCUGGCCGCAAGGCUCGGGGAGCUGGAGGCGAAGGUUGCGUCGUCCGGUGUGCGGGGCAGCAGCAGAGAAGAAGGGGGUGGGGGAGGGUUUUCUAGCUGCGGAGGCUUUUCGGACGGGGUGGGAGGGGGGGCUGAGAAUGGGACGGGGCGGAUGUCAGCCGCGGAGAACGAAGUUCAGAACACAGCUCUGCGGCACGCCUUCCUGCUGGAGGAGAGGGGUUUGCAGCUCGAGCGGGCGGAGGCUUUGCUGCGGCGAAAAGAGGAAGAAGAGGGCCUCCUGAAGCGGGAGCUGCACCGCCUGGGGGAGGCUUCGGUUGCGGACAGGGAUGCUUGGAGGCGUCUAGCGAAAGCCGAGGGAGAGAUAUCCUCGUUGCUCAAACGUUCGGAAGCUCUGGAGGAUCUCGCAAAGGACUGCCGGGUGGCUCUCGACAAGGUCUGUAUACCGCGUGAGAGGUCGCAGCACUCUCGAGAGUUGUAG